GCUUGUAGGACACGAUCAUCACACAAUCGAAAACCAUGCUUAUCCAUGUGGAGUUACAACCAUGAAGCUGUGGACCAUAAACAAAGACACUUGCCACACCUCUUUGCGCUCCAUCCCUCCGCCGCGCUGCUUUGUCCACUACCACUCAAAUAGUCUGAUGGAGUGGCGUAUUUUCAACACCCCACUUCAAGUCAUCUGGUUAUAAAAUAUGCACUCUCAUUCGCACGAGCCAAGGCAAAACCUAAAACUGCGGCCCAUACAGAAUGAUAUUGGUAUCGAGCAAGCAAUCCGUUCCGUGCCUCUACCAAUGUAUCGAGUUGUGUUCGUCAGUCCUCUCGUUGGUGCAAGGUCCAAAAUAGCAAAAGCGUUCUGUCCAACGCAAGCUGACAAGCAUCCGAAUGACAACAGAAAGUUCCCCCGCAUCAGGGAAUGCAUAGUCGACGGCGAACCAAUAACGAUCGAGUUAAUCGACACCCUCGGUCCAGGCGAUGCAGAUCACUACUUUGAGAAAGACCUCAUGAGCGCAUACAUCGAGCAAGGAGAUGGGUUCCUUUUCAUUUACUCUGCCGAAAAUCGCAAGUCGCUGGAGCUGGCGAAAGAAAAUUAUGGAUGGGUCGUGAGGAGGAAACAACAUGAAAGAGACAAUGCAACAAACCCUAUCCCUGGUAUGCUCGUGGCGGUAAGGGUUGAGGACGAACACAAAGCGACGUGGAUGGAAGUGACUUGGGAAGAGGGAAACAAACUCGCAGAGGAAAUGAAUUUAGCAUUCAUACAGGUAUCGCUCAAGAACGGACGCAAUGUGGAGGAGGUAUUUAUCCAUAUAGCUAGAUUGAUCAAGAAGUACCAGGAGAGGAAGAAGCGCAUUUCGUGCAUGCAUUGGGCGUACUACGACCAGAAGAUACUCGAUGACCGUUAUGACAAAGUGCAGGGAACGAACGAACGCAAGCACGUAACAACUACAAGAGAGAGGGAAGUACUUGGAAAAGUUGAUUUUGAUGUCGAGUUCGAGAAUGAGCAGCGAGCCGGAUGCUGCGUAGGGUGCAUAAUUACUUGAGGGGGCAAGCGAUGUUGACCAUUGUAUUUACCGAGUUCUACUGUUGUGGUUCGGAAACCCUCGCGUGAUCGAAACAUUACAGUAUGUUUCUCGAUGUCAUGCUCUGGAUAGCAGCCUGGCCUUGAAACCGAGAAAUGCUGCUCAGUGGAGCGUUGCUUGUAU